CAACUCGGCCGGGAGGCGGCACCAGGAAGCGCCCGCCCCGGCCGGAGCCGCCAUGUAACCGGCGCCGCCCGGAGCCGAGCUGUGCGGGCCCCAGCGACCCGCCCGCCAUGGGGGACGAGGACGAGGACGAGGGCUGUGCUGUGGAGCUGCGGAUCACGGAAGCCAACCUGACUGGGCACAAGGAGAAGGUGAGCGUGGAGAACUUCGAGCUGCUCAAGGUGCUGGGCACGGGAGCCUACGGGAAGGUGUUCCUAGUACGGAAGGCGGGUGGGCACGACGCGGGGAAGCUCUAUGCCAUGAAGGUGCUGCGCAAGGCUGCGCUGGUGCAGCGCGCCAAGACGCAGGAGCACACGCGUACCGAGCGCUCAGUGUUGGAGCUGGUGCGCCAGGCGCCCUUCCUGGUCACGCUGCACUACGCCUUUCAGACCGAUGCCAAGCUGCACCUCAUCCUGGACUAUGUGAAUGGUGGUGAGAUGUUCACCCACCUCUACCAGCGCCAGCACUUCAAGGAGGCUGAGGUGCGCGUGUAUGGGGGCGAGAUUGUGCUGGCUCUCGAACACCUGCACAAGCUGGGCAUCAUCUACCGAGACCUGAAGCUGGAGAACGUGCUGCUUGACUCUGAGGGCCACAUCGUCCUUACGGACUUUGGGCUGAGCAAGGAGUUCCUGACGGAGGAGAAAGAGCGAACCUUCUCCUUUUGUGGCACUAUCGAGUACAUGGCCCCAGAAAUCAUCCGCAGCAAGUCGGGGCAUGGCAAGGCCGUGGACUGGUGGAGCCUGGGCAUCCUGCUCUUUGAGUUGCUGACGGGGGCCUCACCCUUCACGCUGGAGGGUGAGAGGAAUACGCAGGCAGAGGUGUCUCGACGGAUCCUGAAGUGCUCCCCUCCCUUCCCCUCUCGGAUCGGGCCUGUGGCGCAGGACCUGCUUCGGCGGUUACUUUGCAAGGACCCCAAGAAGCGGCUGGGUGCGGGGCCCCAGGGGGCGCAGGAAGUCAAGAAUCACCCCUUCUUCCAGGGCCUGGAUUGGGCUGCUCUGGCUGCCAGGAAGAUUCCAGCUCCAUUCCGACCCCAGAUCCGCUCAGAGCUGGAUGUGGGCAACUUUGCAGAGGAGUUUACUCGGCUAGAGCCUGUCUAUUCACCCCCUGGCAGCCCCCCAUCUGGGGACCCUCGCAUCUUCCAGGGAUAUUCUUUUGUGGCACCCUCCAUCCUGUUUGACCACAACAAUGCGGUGAUGACUGAUGUGCUGGAAGCGCCUGGUGCUGGAGACCGGCCCGGCCGGGCAGCGGUGGCCAGGAGUGCCAUGAUGCAGGACUCCCCCUUCUUCCAGCAGUAUGAGCUCGACCUCCGGGAGCCCGCACUGGGCCAGGGCAGCUUCUCUGUGUGUCGCCGCUGCCGCCAGCGCCAGGGAGGUCUGGAGUUUGCCGUCAAGAUCCUCAGCCGCAGGCUGGAGGCGAACACACAGCGCGAAGUGGCCGCCCUGCGUCUGUGCCAGUCUCACCCCAAUGUGGUGAAGCUGCAUGAGGUGCAUCAUGACCAGCUGCACACGUACCUGGUCCUGGAGCUGCUGCGGGGCGGGGAGCUGCUGGAGCACAUCCGCAAGAAGCGGCACUUCAGCGAGUCUGAGGCCAGCCAGAUCCUGCGCAGCCUCGUGUCGGCCGUCAGCUUCAUGCAUGAGGAGGCGGGCGUGGUGCACCGUGACCUCAAGCCGGAGAACAUUCUGUACGCUGACGACACGCCUGGAGCACCCGUGAAGAUCAUCGACUUCGGGUUUGCGCGGCUGCGCCCUCAGAGCCCCGCAGGGCCCAUGCAGACGCCCUGCUUCACCCUGCAGUACGCAGCCCCUGAGUUGCUAGCGCAGCAGGGCUACGAUGAGUCCUGCGACCUCUGGAGCCUCGGCGUCAUUCUGUACAUGAUGCUGUCGGGGCAGGUCCCCUUCCAGGGGGCGUCAGGCCAGGGCGGGCAGAGCCAGGCGGCCGAGAUCAUGUGCAAGAUCCGCGAGGGGCGCUUCUCCCUCGAUGGGGAGGCCUGGCAGGGCGUGUCUGAGGACGCCAAGGAGCUGGUCCGAGGGCUCCUAACUGUGGAUCCCGCCAAGCGGCUGAAGCUUGAGGGACUGCGAGGGAGCUCGUGGCUGCAGGAUGGCAGCGCGCGCUCAUCACCCCCGCUCCGGACUCCUGAUGUGCUGGAGUCGUCGGGGCCUGCUGUGCGCUCAGGGCUCAACGUCACCUUCAUGGCGUUCAACCGGGGCAAACGCGAGGGCUUCUUCCUGAAGAGCGUGGAGAACGCACCACUGGCCAAGCGGCGGAAACAGAAGCUGCGGAGCGCUGCCACCUCCCGCCGGGUCUCCCCGGUGCCUGCUGCCCCAGGCCGGGCCCCUACUGCCAAGGGGAACUUUAGGUUUCUGUAA